UUACUUUCCUGCACAUGAAAACUAGUAUAAAACUUUGGAAUUUUUACUGGCACCUAGAAUCCUUUGUAGUAACAAUUAUCGUUUUACUACUGACACAGCUUGUCGCUUCGUAGUAGGAGUUUGUAAUUUCAUAAUACUGCCGAUUCUUUAACCAUGAUCCAAAUUUUCGUAUGUGCCCUUAUCGGCAUAACGCUAUUUUGCUGCACUGUUAUCGCCCAGCUACCGCAGCGAACGUGCCUCUCUGAUUGGUCGUGGUCCGUCAAAGGACAGUGGGACUACGGCGUUAUAUGCAGGUACACUCCCAUCACACAGUUUCUGGCCGAUUACUCAUCAAAUCCUAAUGCAAUCCCGGACAACGUUAUACGAAUAAUCAUUAAGUGUCCCGGACCGCCAUUCGUUGAAAAGUGGGCCAAUCGCACCGAACGGGUGUAUUGUAAUCGCUUGCGCACCGACCACGCCAGUCUGCCUUUUCGCAACCAACUGGCUUGGGUUAGCUUGACCGGAUUCACCGGAGAGGGCGAACAACGACCGCCGAUCCGGCAGUUUCUACAACAUGUACACAGUACCAUCCAGGUACUCUCCAUUCGGUUUUCGAGAAUCGGCUACGUGGAUGCCGAUUUCUUUAACGCCUAUAAGAAGUUAGCGUACCUUGACCUUUCGGAUAACGACAUUUACGACAUCGCGCCUGACACCUUUCUGUCCGUGGAAUUCGCCAAUGGCGAUUCACCGUUCUCCUACCGUGAAAUAAACCUGGCCGGCAAUGCUUUACAGGAGACUGAUUUGGACGUCUUCAAACCGUUGCGGCUGUGGGUGCAAUGGUUGACGCUGAGUAAACAGAAUCCACCAUUGCGCAAAAUAUUUGUGAGUGGUUCACCGUAUCAGCUUCUAUCUCUACGGCGAAUAAAUUUGGAUGAAAAUCGUAUCACCGCAAUACCUGCAGAGGUCACCCAGUGUUUUCCACACCUGGAGUUCGUGGAUCUUCGCAGCAACACACUGUGCGCCGUUGAUGAAUGUACUUGCUGUGGCAUACAAUCGUUCUUAAAAUGGGUGGCAAGUGCAUCGAGUACGCCUGUAACCGGCAACGCCACGACCUUUCACUUUCGAUGCGGUGCAACGAAUUACACCAACGAUGCAGCCUUUCCGGUACGCAAUCUGCAACCUACCAUCAACAGCGCCAUUUUAAAACUGCAGUCCACUUGUACGAAAUGUAAGGGACCCGAGACGCUGGAAAUUCGUUGCACGCGUGCUGUUUUGUGGGAUGUCCGUUUGCGCAGCACGGACGCAUUGGUCAUCCGCUUCACAAGCGGCACCCACGUUCACUGUCCGACAACCCUUCAUGAGCUGUACGAGCACGUCCUGGAAACAGUGAACGGACCGGGUUCUCAGCCACAGUACAAACUAUCCCGAGCGGCUAUGUUAUAUUGUCGCGAUGACCAGCCGGUCGUGCUGGGACCGGAUCCUGACUUGAGUGAACACACCAGCUGGCUGCGGCUGACGCUAGAUAUCGAUUUAAGUCCAUACUGCUACGAUCUUCGCACCAGGCUGUUAGAAUAUAUUGAAACAAAUUUCGCCGGUGACGAAAGGUCAAUAACGGUCACCCCGUCGCUGCCGGCUGGUGUUCCUGUUAAAACGUGGAUGAGUGAGUAUUUGACGUGCCCGGUGGACAAUGUGGUGAGCGUCAACUGCACAGCCGGACAAUUAUUUCUCCCAAACGAUCGUUUGAACGCCACCACGUCGAUGGUGGUUAGUGUUCGCGGGGACACGACGUUCCGCUGCAGAGAGAUCGUAAUUAAACUGCACCGGUACCUGAUCAGUGCAGAGGGAUCUUCGGUUGCUUACGACGCGGAUUACAGUGCAUCUGAAGAGGCGAUUGUUGCUGUUUGCCAACGAGGCCGAAUCGUUCUUUCCGAGGCUAAUCCCGUAUUGUCGACAAAACUGCAGCUGACGUAUUAUUCGGCGCCUAACGAUCCUUGCCGGAAGAUAUACCAGGCGUUUUUGAAUUACGUGCAGGAGCAGGCUAAUUGAUUAGAGCAAACUGAAAGCAGUGACUGCACUGCGCUCCCAAAUCCGGGACGCCGCAAAACAAAUCGACUGGACACUACUCUAGAUCAUACAAGUGUGAAAUGAGUUAACUGCACCACGAAAACGACAUUAACAUACGAAUGUAUCUGCGUGUGCAGAAUCGUACGGUCCAUCGUUUCGCAUUAA